UUCCCAACCCCAACCACCGCUUUCGUUUCCUGCGCCUCUACUUCUUCUCUCUCUCUCUCUCUCUCUCUCUACCUUCCCCAACGACCGUAACCCUAACCCUAACGAAUCUUCUCUCCCUCUUGUUUGGUUGGAGACGGGUCCGAAUCCCCGCAACGGCGGAGCCAAUCGCGUGUCGCAAACUAUAGGGUUAGGGUUAGGGUUAGGGUUCGGGAAAUGGAGAUCCCGACCCACGCCCCCACCGCUGCCGUCGCCGCCGCGGACGACUCGGCGGCGAUGUGGGAUUGGGGCAACCUCCUCGACUUCGCCAUCAACGACGGCGACGACCCCUUGAUACUCCCCUGGGCCGGCUCCGACGACGGCCGAUCGCCCCCUUCGCCGCCGCUCGCGGCGGAGCAGUCGCCCCCUCCACCGCCGCCGGCGCCGCCACCUGGCGGNGCAGGGACGAGCCGGGUGCGGAAGAGGGACCCGCGGCUCGUGUGCCCUAAUUACUUGGCGGGGAGGGUCCCGUGCUCGUGCCCCGAGUUGGAUGAGCAGGAGGUGGAGGAGGAGGAGGAGGAGGACGUGGCGGAGGUGGUAGCCGGAGCACGGAAGCGAGUGCGAGCCGGUGGGGCGGCGGCGGCGGCGGCGGCAGCGGUGAGGUGCCAGGUGCCGGGGUGCGAGGCCGACAUCAGGGAGCUGAAGGGGUACCAUCGGCGGCACAGGGUGUGUCUCCGGUGUGCGAAUGCUUCGUCGGUGUUGCUAGACGGGGAGCACAAGCGUUAUUGCCAACAGUGUGGCAAGUUCCACAUACUGCCAGAUUUUGAUGAAGGUAAACGUAGCUGUAGGAGAAAACUAGAGAAGCACAACAAAAGAAGGCGGCGAAGACCUGAUUCUAGAAGCAUAGCAGAGAAAGAAAUUGAAGCUCAAGAUACUCUGGUUGAUGUUACUUUGGAGGAUGCACAAAAGAAAGAGAGUCCAAAUGGAUUUGCGUGUGAGACAGUUGAAACAAUGGUCAGCAACAACAUCUUGGAAAGAGAAACGCCAAUGGGAUCUGAAGAUGGGCAUGGUUCUAUCAGCUCCCUUCCUGGGCCCCAAAAUGACCAAGGCAACAGCGUUGUAUCUUUUGCAGCCUCUGUUGAUGCUAGUGUAGAUGGAAAAGUGGAUAAUACUAAACCUUCCCUUUCUGCAACAUUUUAUGAAAACAAGACUGCUUAUUCAUCUAUGUGUCCCACAGGACGCAUAUCCUUCAAGCUAUAUGACUGGAAUCCUGCAGAAUUUCCUAGACGACUUCGCCACCAAAUCUUUGAGUGGUUGGCUGGUAUGCCUGUUGAGUUGGAAGGCUAUAUUCGUCCGGGGUGUACAAUUUUGACUGUGUUUAUUGCAAUGCCACAAUUUAUGUGGGAGAAGCUAGCUCAUGAUGCAGCUCCUCUGGUGAGAGACUUGGUUAAUGCUCCUAAUAGUUUGUUGUUCGGGAGGGGAACAUUUCUUAUUUACCUCAGUAAUAUGAUUGUUCAGAUUUUGAAAGAUGGAACAUCAUUGAUGAACAUCAGGAUGGAGGUAGAAGCUCCUAGGCUUCAUUAUGUUCAUCCUGCAUAUUUUGAAGUUGGAAAACCUAUUGAAUUUGUUGUCUGUGGCAGUUUUCUUGACCAGCCUAAAUUUAGGUUUCUUGUGUCAUUCAAUGGAAAGUAUCUGAAGAACAGUUGUUGUCGUUUGACAUCUCAUGUAAAGAACCGGCCAUAUAAUGUACAUGGAGGGGACUAUGUGCAUGACUCUGAGCAUGAAGUGUUCAGGAUAAGCAUAAAUCAAGCGGAAGCUGAAGAAUAUGGUCCUGCAUUCAUUGAGGUUGAGAAUGUGUCUGGCAUAUCCAACUUUGUUCCUGUCCUUUUUGGUAACAAGCACAUAUGUUCUGAACUAAAGAGGUUUGAAGAAACAUUUUCUAACUUUUUACAUGGAUAUAACCUCUCUGGAAAUCCAAUCACUGGUGCUACUACAAACUCGUGUGAAUUCCUUGAGUCAAAACAAAAUGCAAUGUCGGCACUACUUUUAGACAUUGCAUGGUUACUAAAGAAGCCUCAGCUGGAUGAGAACAAAAGUUUUUUGAGUUCAGCAAAUAUUCAAAGAUUGACUUAUUUGUUGAGGUUCUUAAUAGAUAAUGAGUUUUUCAAUGUUUUGGAAAUUAUAAUGCAAUCCUUGGAAAAAAGAACAAAUUGGGAGGCCUUCUCUAACUUAAAAAAUCAGAGAAACAAUGUUGAUGUGGGGUUAUUUCUAGAGUAUGUGAAGCAUGCUCAAGAAAGUAUUGGUAAUAGAGCUCAUCAUGAUGCGAGGCUUGAAGAAGAUUCAAGAAACUUGAUCAACGGAAUUGCGAUGCCGCUGAGCUAUUUUGAGAGCAAUGCCAACUCUUCUAUUCCCUUCACAAGUCAAAAGGAAGGUGCAAUCGGCGGUGAUGAACAGUGCGCACCUACUACAACAUCUCAAGAGGAUGAAACCGUCGCUCUUUUGACUAAAGAUGUUGCACACCGACAGUGCUGCUCACCGCAGUUGAGUGCCAAAUGGCGUCACCGCCCUUGGACCCUUACACUUUCCAGCAAUGUCAUGAAAAGACACGUUGCUAUGGUUGUAAUGGUUUCUGUUGUUAUGUGUCUCACCACAUGUAUUGUUCUUCUGCACCCUCAUAAGGCUGCCAAGUUUGCCGUUUCAAUAAGGCGGUGUUUGUUUGGUGGUUCGUUUAGGAACUAAUUUGUUACUUGUAUUGUAUCAUAUAUGUACAAACUAGAUGAUGGGGUUUAACUUACUUUUUUUUGUUGUUGUAUAAAAGCGGUACUGAUUUAGUUUCAGUAUUUGCAUCCUUUUUCCUUCAAAGAUUGCGGAAGAAGUUAAUGUAUGUUGAACAUGGGUCGACCUAUUGAUGAGUUUUUCUGCUGUAAGUUGUUUAUGGUGCACCUACGAAACUCAACUGAUACUUACUGUGGAAAUAUAAUAAUACAUUUGUUGUUAUUAAAA